CCCGCCCAGAAGCUGCGGGAUGAGCUGCGACGGCUGCUGGGUGAGAGCUGGUCAGAGGAGCUGGAGUGUGACGUGCCCCGUGCCUGGCAGCGGCACGGGGACUUGGUCCUGUUGAGCGAGGACAGCUUCAGGAGCGCGCCGUGGGAGAAGCUGGGUCCGGUGCUCUGGGAGACAGUCGCCUCAGCUCUGGGUGCCCGGCGGCUGGCCAGGCAAGGAAGGGUAUUGCCGGAUGGGAUGCGGUCCCCCAGUGUCACCUUGCUGCUGGGCCAGGAUGGCUGGGUGGAGCAUGUGGACAACCGGAUCAGGUACACGUUCGACGUGACCAAGUGCAUGUUCUCGCCAGGCAACAUCACAGAGAAGCUGCGGGUGGCCUCGCUGCCCUGCUCCGGGGAGGUCCUUGUGGAUCUCUACGCAGGCAUUGGCUAUUUCACGCUGCCAUACUUGGUUCAUGCAGCAGACGCCUUCGCUCACGCCUGCGAGUGGAACAGCCAUGCCGUGGAAGCCCUGCGGAGGAACCUGGUGCUGAAUGGCGUGCAGGACCGCUGCCGCAUCCACCACGGGGACAGCCGGCAGCUGGAGCUACGGGAUGUAGCGGACCGGGUGAAUCUGGGGCUGAUUCCGAGCUCGGAGGAAGGCUGGCCGGUGGCCUGCCGUGUCCUGAAGAAGGGCACAGGUGGGGUUCUCCACAUCCACCACAACGUGGAGACUCUCCCCGCAUCGCCCCCGACAGAGACCCUGGUCCCGCAGGCUGAGCGGGGGUCUCUGGAGGGAGCUGGCUCUGACGGAGAGGCGCAGCACCCAAUGGAGGAUGGUGGUAAGGGGACGCUGGGGAACAGGAUCAGACCUGAGUGGCAGAGGUGGGCUGAAGCCACGGCGGCACGGAUCCGGGGACUGCUGGCAGAGCUGCACGGGCAGCCGUGGCGCACCAGCAUCCUGCACAUCGAGGCAGUGAAGUCCUAUGCGCCCCAUGUGCAUCACCUCGUGCUGGACCUCGAGUGCCGGCCAACGCUGCCCGCCUAG